UAGUUUAUAAACCGACAUAUAAUACUGAAGAAGACCCAAUUGAUAUUUCCUUCAUGAAUGAGUUAUCACCAGGAAAUUACAUUUUAAAUAUAGAAUGUUUUGGUAUUGCUGAUAAAGGCUUUAGAAUUUUCGACGCGAUAGAAGCUGGAACUGUUUGGGUAGGUGCUCCGCAUUUCCAGAUAAUAGGCGGUCGACAAGCGUUUCCAUGUUGGCAUUCAAAUAAUUUAUCGUUAGAAGCAACUUUUAACAUUUCUUUGGGAUGUUAUAACUGCACUACUUUGUCAAACAUGCCAUUGCAAAAUACGGAAAAAGAUGAGGACAAUAUGUUAUGGACAAACUACAAUACCACAACUGUAAUGUUGACUCAUCACGCAACAAUGGUUGUGUCUAAUUACCUACACCCUUUUGGUAUCAAAACUGAAAACAUUAAAAUGUGGUGCAAAGUAGAAACUAAAUAUCACAUGCAAUUUGCAAAAUAUGUAGCUGAAAAUAUCGCGUUGUUUUUUCAAAAUAAAUGCAUACGUUCGGACAAUAUUUGGAACGUGAAUCAUGUUGCAAUUCCAAAUUUCCAUGACAAAGGCAUAACAGUUUUCGGAUUUGUUUUUUAUAGGGAAACAGAUAUCAUCUAUAAUGAAAAAUUAUGUCCUAUUGCUAACAAAAUCGAGUAG